CCGUUGCAUUGUGGGUCCGGAAGUAAAUUUUUCCAAAAAGACUUUGGGGGAACAUUUAAAAAAUAUGGCCCAGCAAGCUGGACAGAGAGCUCUUCCACAGAGUAAAGAAGCUUUGUUGAAAUCGUACACCAAAAGACUCAAAGAUGACAUCAAAUCCAUGACGGAUAAUUAUACAGAAAUUAUUAAACUCGCCAAGCUUGAAGAAGAGAAUUCCCAAAUGUGGAAAUCAACACAGAGUGAACAGGACAACUAUGAAAUGCAAGUCAGGGCAGCAAACAUGGUUCGAGCGGGUGAAUCUCUAAUGAAACUAGUAGCAGAUCUGAAGCAGUUCCUCAUUCUAAAUGACUUCCCAACAGUGAAUGAAUCCAUCUUAUACAAUACAAAUAUGUUCAACAACAACAUUCAAGACUGUGAUAACAAACUUAAUGCACUCCGGACUGACAUAAGUGCUGAUUUGUAUGAACUGGAGGAAGAGUAUUAUAAUUCACAAUAUAAAUGAAAGCAUAAUUUUUCAUACUUAUAGUUUGGUUGUGGAGAUAGGUAUCUAAGAUGGAAUGAAGUGGAACCAAGGACUUAAUGAUUAAUACAUCAUAUCAAAAUGGGUUAAAUAUUUAAAACAUACUCCAGGAGUUUACAGUCUAUGUGCUUACAAAGCAUCUGUGUGAUUGAGCAAUAAUACCUCAGUAAAGGUAUUUAAGUCCUCUGGAGCCUGUUUCUCAAAAAUGUAGUCAAUUAUGAUUUGCGGAUUGACGAUUUGUUUAACCUUUAAAUGGUCAGGGGUUAGGCUAUCGAGAAGUACACCAACGAUUAGGGGUGGGUGCAGAUCUGCCCCCCUAUAAUCUCGGAAACGAUCAAUCAGGAGGCUGUAUUAGGUAUCAUUGGAAAGUU